AUGGCACCGUCCUUUAUUUCGACGCUUAUGGCUGAUAAACGGAGUAAUAUUGAGUCAAAUACAACUGCAACAAUACGAGAAGCUUCGGGUGUGACACUACCGCACUUGAUGCGAAGUCGUUCGUCUCGAUCAAAGGGCUUACAGUAUGGACUGCCUGGUUUCCAACGCACUCCUUUUGGGCAAACCCAGUCACGAGUCACAUCAAUGCCAGUGAAUUCCUCCACCCAUUGGAACGAUCGACAAAAGACGCAGGACUUUUUUCGACAUACUACUGACACCCCUGAUGAUGAAAAGGGCGAGAGUACGAAAAGUGACAGUGCUACGGAAGACAAGAAAGCAGUCCAGAGUGAUGACAAGAUGAUUGAUGUCCGAGAAUUGGUAGCAAGAAAUGCCGAGUCGUCCGAAACGUCGUCUACGUCUUCAGAGGAAAAUCAACACGAGGAAUUACAGGUACCAAGUCAAGGACGAUUACAGAAUGCUCUAGAGGAUCUUUUAGCACGACAGCAGACUGAGGAGCAGCAAAUGGAUGAGGACUAUGUGCUCUUUGAGAAAAGGAGGAGAUACGACUCGUUCGAUAUCCUGGCAGACGUGCGAAUUGAUGAUGAGGACAGUGAUAGUCAGAUGGAAGCGGUGGACUCGUUAUACUCGACCCCGACAAGAUCAAGAAAGAAUAGUGAGGACUUUUUUGGUGGGGGACUGCUAGAAAUGCUGUCUCAACGUCAUAUGCCUGUGGGUGUUGAACGACACGCUAGUGUAGCGGAUAUGCUCGUCAACCGCGCUUUUGUCACGUCAAAUGAAGAUUCAAAUGAGGACGGGCAGGAGCAUGAAUCGACAUUACUAAGACUAGAAGGGAGCUCUCGGGAAGUCACUAAGAAUGGUACACUUCGGACAGAAACUUCCACGACGGAUAGGAGUAACAUGCUGGGUGAGUUGCUUGCAAAGCGAGCUGCUCCGUCAACGGAUAGUGUUUGCUUGAACAAAUCUCCAGCUAUCAAGGACAACGCAUUGGAAGCCAUGCUGUCAAAACGAGCCGUCUCGUCACAGAUGUCUCCCAUUAAGGAGUCUCUUCAAACAUCGAAAACCAAUCCAUUGGAGGCCAUGCUUGCGAGGAGGAAUGCGCCUUCGCCGCUUGCACCGUCGGCUGCACAAGACGAACCCAGCGGGGCUUCUCAUCCGCUGUCUGCAAUGUCGAAGGCGUGCCACCACAAGUCUAUAGCUUCACUUGAGGCAGUGCCCCUAGGUAGUUCUGACAGCACCGAAAAAGACCAGACGCCUCUGAAGAACCAUCCGGCAUAUCAAAAAUACUUCAAGAUGCUGGCAGUAGGGCUUCCAGUUUCUGUUGUAAAGCACAAGAUGCAGAGUGAAAGUGUGGACCCGUCUAUCCUGGACAUGGAUCCAAACAAACCCUUGCCCGAGGCUCCUGUGCCCGUCCUCGACGAAGAAUCCGAGGCGGCGUAUCAGGCACAGCUGAAGGAAUAUGAAGCGAAGCAUGGUAAAUAUGAGCAAAUGGUGAAGGUAGGCUUGCCUCCUUCGGUUGUAGAGCACAAGAUGCGCAUGGACGGUGUGGACCCGGCCUGGUUGCAAGGACCGCCGAAUCGGCCGGAGCCGAAGGCUGCAGCUGCGACGGAGGUAUCGGAGGAGGAGAGAGCUGCUCACCGUAAGAAAUACCGCAAAUACUUUCAGAUGCUUCGUAUGGGUUUGCCGCGCGGCGCUGUGGAGCAAAAGAUGAGGAUGGCUGGACUCGAUCCGGCAGCACUGAACGGUCCACGUCCAGUGGCAACUCCUGCUGAGCAACCGAAAAAAGCACUAAAGCGCAAGAACUCUAUUCGUAAGAAGCUGCACUGGGAAGGAAAGAAGAAUGGAACACGCCGUGACAGUCUGUGGGGAAGUGACGCCAUGGAAGAAGCGAAGGAGCAAGUUCAAAUUUCGGAAGAGAGCCGCGCUAUGCUUGAAAAGUUAUUUGUCAAGGAUUUAUCCGAUAGCAAGAAACGCAAUGCCUCUGCAAAGGCUGAAGGUGCUGCUGUUGCCAAGAAGAAGAAGGCUAUGGUCCAGCUCAUUGACUCGAAGAAGUCGCAGAACAUUGCCAUUACUCUGGCGCGUGUGAAGCUAACGUAUUCGGAGCUGAAGCGUGAGAUUUUGAUGAUGAACUCAACUGUUCUGUCGUCUUCUCAAAUGCGGUCUCUUAUGGACAUGUGGCCCGAUCGAAAGGAGAUGGAAGCCAUAAUGGCCUUUAAAGGUGACGUCGGAACAAUCGGUACUGCUGAACAGUUUCUGGUUGAAGUGCGCAGUGUGCCUCGUUUUCAAGAAAAACUGGCAUGUCUAGUAUUCAAGCAGGAAUUCCCCUCGCGGGUGCAUGAGCUGCGCGAGUCAUUGGACCUCGUGACACGAGGCGUGUAUCAGGUGUGCUCAAGUGCUGAACUACGCCAAUUAUUUAUUUAUAUUUUGCAGAUUGGCAAUCUGCUCAAUUUCGGUGGUGACGACGAACAACAGGGCGUCGACGCUUUCUCAUUGGGUUCCCUGGUCAAAUUUUCGCAGACGAAGGCAUUUGUGGGUGGUACCACAUUUUUGCAAUAUGUAGUGCAGUCAAUUGAACGGGACGUGCCCCACCUUGCGCACUUUUACAAGGACAUCGACCUCCUUUCCAAGUGCAGCAAGGUGGCGUACGCGUCGCUUGCAUCAGAGAAGAAUGCGCUCGAGGCUGGUUUGCAAAAGGUUUUGCGAGAGGCAGAAGCCUCGUUGCCGGAUGAUGCUGCGAAUGAUGCCGACAAAGAGACGAUGAUGGCAUAUUACGGCACAUUGAUGCGGUUUUCUAAGAAGGCAAAGACCGAGUUGGAUGGCCUUCAGGCCCUGCUGGACGAAUUGGACGCGGCCAAGGCCCACUUCCUCAAGUAUUUCGAAGAGGAGGAUACCGAAGAGGAACUGGAUGUGUUGCUUUCGCACAUUGCUAACUUCACAAGUGAGUACUGCCGCGAGCACGAUAAGUAUCUGGCCAACAUGACGAAGGACAAAACGAAUCUGCAACCAAAACUCUCGUUGUCCAAGAACCCAGUGAACACAAUCGAGCCCUAG